UGUUUUUUGCUCAAUUUUCAUUUUAAAGUUUUUUGGAGAGGGGGCAUGGCCAAACCUUUUUUUAGUCUACAGAAAUUUCUAAGGCGGGCUCAAUUUUUUCUCUUCUUUCUAACCGUUGCUUACUUAAUGGCUGGAAGUCUGCUACUUCUACAAAGGUCUUAUUUGGUCAUCCAGCAAAACAACAAAGGAACUUCUGGUGCACAGGGCUUUUCAGUUGACAGCUUGACACCUGUGGAUCAUAGGAUGUUUCAAACCACGUACUGGAAUGCUAAUGGAUUUAUGGCUGGAAACCUUCAAAGCAAGCCAUUGGCUAAUUCAAGACAUACUUUGCUUGAUCAGCCCCUUUGGCUUAUAUCCCGGAAUUCAGAGUUAAGGCAACUGAGAAGAAGAUGGUUUCACAAUUUUGUAAAUGACCGAGAACAAAAUCAAGGCACAGUCUUAAAAUUACAAAAGCACACAGUUGUAAAUAAAGGUACAUAUAUUGGAUGUUUUACUGACAAUGUGGAAGAUAGGACUCUCAAAGCCACAGUGUUCUACGACCUAAGAAAAAUGACAAUAAGUCAUUUUCAUAUUUCCUUUACCAGAACGUAUCUCUAUGCUGGUUUAGCGUAUGGAUCUGAGUGUUACUGUGGCAACAGCCUGCCCUCAAUCUAUGCCAAAGAAGAAGAAUGCAACAACGAGUGCAAGGGAGAGAAAGGCUCUGUCUGUGGAGGUGUAAAUCGUCUCUCAGUCUUCCAGUUGCAGGAGCAGCAAGGAACAGCCAAGCAGAGGAAGAAUGUUACCUACAGAGGAUGUUACAGACCCCCAGAAAAUGGGACACAGAUAUUCCCUGCCUCCUUUCUCAAUCUAACAACAGAAAUGUGCUCAGAAAUUUGCUCCAUUAAAGAAUAUCCUUUGGCAAUUAUCCAAGGGCUGGAAUGCUUCUGUGGAUACCCUACAGUUCAGUUUAACCUUUAUGAACACCUGGAUGACUCUUUGUGCGCUGGGUCUCUGAAUGACAGCAUUGGAUCAGAGGUCCUGAGGGAGGACAGCUAUUGUUCUGUCUACCAGACUCCCAUACAAGAUACAAGAUGUACAACUAGAAAUUUCCUACCUACAAAGUCCAAAGUCUUUGUUGCCUUGUCAAGUUUUCCUGGAGCUGGAAACACAUGGGUGAGACACCUGAUAGAGCAUGCUACUGGAUUCUACACUGGAAGUUACUACUUUGAUGGAACCUUGUACAACAAAGGUUUUAAAGGAGAAAAAGAUCACUGGAGGAGCGGCCGAACCAUAUGUGUCAAAACACAUGAAAGUGGCAAAAGAGAGAUUGAAAUGUAUGAUUCCUCCAUUUUACUAAUCCGCAACCCUUACAAAGCCCUGAUGGCAGAAUUUAACAGGAAGUGUGCAGGGCACCUGGGAUAUGCAACAGAGAGACACUGGAAAAGUAAAGAAUGGCCAGAAUUUGUUAACAGCUAUGCAUCCUGGUGGGCCUCACAUGCAUUGGAUUGGCUUCAGUAUGGAAAGAAACUGUUGGUGGUCCACUAUGAAGACUUAAAGAAGAACCUUAAUGGAAAGUUAAGGGAAAUUGUGGCUUUUCUCAACCUUCCAAUAAGUGAGAAUCGUUUCCUUUGUGUGGAGAACAACAAGGAUGGGAACUUUAAACGGCUAGGCUCCAGACAGACAGUCUUGGAUCCUUUCACAAGAGAGAUGAAGGAUUUAAUUGAUGGAUUUAUCAGGACGGUGGACAAAGCCCUUACAUCCAGGAACUUUACAGGCUUACCAGAAGAAUAUAUGCCAAGAUGAUAUCUGGAUAUCUGGAACAAGCUUUUUAAAAAUUUAUUACAUUACUGACCACUGCAAAAUAUCUCUUCUGUUCUUUGUGCUUCAGAAAAUCUCAAUGUUUAAAAUAGAAUCAGAGUAAAGAAUAGUAGAGAGCCAAAUUAUAGACCAAGACUGAAGCUUUUAGCAUAUUUUCUAUUGGUGUUCCUCAUUUCUACUAAUUGCUGGAAGUUGGACAGUUGUCCACUGUGUCUUCUGGAACUGAUUCCUUUGUUGGUUUGUGCUGCCUUCUAGCAAUACUUUUCAGGAGUAGUUUCAAAUGUGGCAGUGCCUGAAUCUGAAAUCUGUCAUGAUUUCUUUUUCUGUUAACAAAAAAAAAAUAAUAAAAGGUGGAAGCAG